AUGAACAUUGAGCUCGACAACAUUCGCUCGCCCGAGCCGGCCGCCACCAGCAGGCUGGGCGGCGCUCACACUGCGCCUUUGUUUCGGUCCAUCCGCCAAAAGAGCAGCGCCGUGGUCCACCGCUUGAGCUACCGCAACGUACGGCCUGCUGCGUCACGAGGCCGCGAUGACGGUGACGCCAACAAUGCCGCUUCGCCCUCGCCGUCGUCACCGGCCCACGUCACCUACGGCCGCCGCACCGUGCCGCCGCCCGACCGGGGCCGGGGCGCCUAUCUCGUGCUGGCCGCGUGCUCGCUGGCACAGGCGCCCAUAUGGGGCUACUCCCUCUCGUUUGGCGUCUUCCGUCAGUACUAUGCCACCCACAGCCUCGUCGACGCCUCCCCCGGCAGCGUCACCUCCAUCGGCACCUCCCAGACGGGCGUCAUGUACCUCGCCGUCCCCGUCGUCAUGGCCGCCCUGACGCGUUUCCCCCGUCUCCGGCCCUGGUGCGGGCCGCUGGGUCUCGUCGUGUCCGUCGCCAGCAUCGCUGGUUCGUCCGCGCCCGGCGCCAGCGCGAGCUCCUCGGCGGCCGCGCUCAUCGCCACACAGGGUGUGCUGUAUGCGCUGGGCUGUGCGCUGCUGUUUGGCGCCGCAUCGCUGAGCCUGGACGACUGGUUCCUUGAGCGCAAAGGGUUUGCAUACGGCGUCAUGUGGGCGGCCAAGAGCACCGUGGGCGGGGGCAUGCCGCUCCUGGUGGCCGUGCUUCUCGAGCGGUACGGCGUCGAGACGACGCUGCGGGGCUGGGCCGUGGCGUCGGCGGUCAUGGCAGCGCCUGUGCUGCUGUUCCUGCGCCCACGCGUUCCGGAAGGUGUUUCGUCUGCGGACGCGAUCGGCAGGGACGAUGAGAACGAGCACAACGGAGACGGUGCCAACGACCACAGCAACGACGACGAGAGUACCGGCUCCCACCGGCCGUCUGCCGUCGGCGCCCCCACCACCAGCACCACCACCACCCUUGCCUCCUCGCUGGUCUUCUUCCGCCGGCCCCUCUUUUGGAUGCUCAUGGUCGGCAACAUGAUCCAGUCCCUCGGCUACCAGAUGCCCAACACUUACCUCUCCGCCUAUGCCGUCGCGCUCGGCCUCGAGCAGUCCACCACGCUCGCCACCUACGCGGGGCCGCUCCUUCUCGCACUCUUUUCCGUCGCCUCCGUCCCGGGCACCAUGGUCAUGGGCAUGCUCGGCGACCGGAUGCCCGCCACCACUGUCGUGCUCAUCUCGUCGGCCGGCUCCGCCGUGUCCGUCUUUGCUCUUUGGUAUGUCAGCGACCUGGCCAGCGUCCACGGCAACCCGCUGGCCCUUCUGAUUGCGUUUGCGCUGGCCUACGGAUUUUUCGCCGGCGGCUUCUCGUCGACCUGGUCGGCCGUGCUGCACGACAUGAAGCGGCGCGACGAGACGGCCAACACGGGCCUCGUCUUUGGCAUGCUCAUGGGCGGCCGCGGCCUGGGGUUUGUCCUCAGCGGACCCAUCAGCGGCGCACUGCUGGCGGCCGGUUCGGCCGGUGGCCCCUCCAAAACGAGCGUUGUCGUGGGCGAGUACGCGCCGCUGAUUCUGUGCACGGGCACGACGGCGAUCUUGGGUGCGUGGGGCUCGCUGUGGUCGCUGGGGCGGCCGUGCCGGCGUCUGGCCCGGCGAUUGGUGGUUCUCGUUCGUGGGCGGAGUUAA